ACCAGCCAGGGCCCGCCCAGUCUAACUCGAGGAAGCUGGGAUGCGCACACAGAUUCUUUGAGAGGGCCUAGACUCUCGUCGGCAGCACCAGAGUUUGCCAAUAACCUACGGAUACAAUAACUGCUUACCUUUCGACAAGUUCUCCGACUCUUGCUUCAGAAGUUCAAAGAGCGAUAAGCCAAAGGCUAUGGAAAACUACUUUCGCACAUUCCCAACCUUGUUGUCUUCUGCUGGAGUGGUCUCAUUGGUCAUCACAUGUUGGACGGAGCUUUGGGCACUCAAUUACUUGCAUACGUCUAGCAGAGCAAGCUGCGAACUCCCAGGCCUGCGAAGCAAUCCAGCCAGGUCAACCCAGAAGGCCUACCUACUGGACACGGGCCAUGAUCAGAGCGACAACUCCCAAUUGACAAGAGCCCGCCAGCGAACUGCCCUUGCUGCGUACGGUCUUACCCCGCUGCCGCCGUGGCCGACGCGAGAGAUGGUGGGAGAAAGGUGGUGGCUUCUCCAAAGAUACGUUGUUAUGCACUGCCCCUCGCGUACCGAAUUGUUGGUUGCAACCUCAGCGGUUGGCUUUCAGCUGGUUCGCCAGGUCAGACAAGUCUAGCGACGCUGCUGAUCGCGUCGAGUAGGUAGGUAUCAAUUUCUCAGUCGUCUACGCUACUGGGUACAGAUCAUCCAAUCUUGCGAAGGUCAUUCAAGCCCAGGAAAUCCCUUAUGGCCAAUUUCCAUGGAUAUCUCCCGCCAGCCUGAAGUCGGCGAUGUGAGUUGCUUCCAGAGAUCUGGAAAGUGACGUCACAUCAAGAUGGAUCAGCUGCUUCAAAUAUCUACUGGGGACGGUAUUGGG